UUUAUCUUCAGCAGUGAGAGAAAGGCGAUCUCACUUAUUAGUGCGGGGUUUGAAACUCGAAACAACAUGAGACCUCCUCGGGCACGUUGAACAAUUCCAUUGGAGCGGGGAAACAUCAAAGGCGCCGCUCUUAAGAAACUUCAAACGAAAAACGCCGACCGGCGUACUACAGUACGGCGAAACGGUCGGAACGGACGGAUCAGAGACGAAUUUUGGUCGAAUCUACGCGAUGACCACUCCGCCGCAGUGGUGUUGUUGGAGACGUGACGGACAACGAAGCAGUGGCCUGUAAGCUGAUUCACGAUGACUGAUCGACGGAUAUUUUCGUAAAUUUGACACUUGUCCACCAAAAGUCGAUGAUUGAGAAGAAAAAGCGAGUUCGUAUUUGUAAAGUCGUCUUGCUGCUCGCCAACACUGCCCUCAUGAUCGCGUUUGUAGCACUUGUGUUUUAUUUCACGUGGACGUUCACUGUACCAAGUCACGUGACUGAAAUCGAUGGUUCUGACGUCACAGCUGGUGAUCAAAAUGGGAACAUCACACGCGGGGCCCAGGCGGCCCAAACACAAGAAGAAGAUACUGUACAACAGCUGAAGGAUAAGGCCCAAGCGGCCCAAACCCAGGCAAAACAUACUGUACACAUACAGGGUGAUACGGACACUGUCGAUGAGAAGGGCGCAAUUGAAGUUCAUAACAACAUUGCAAAACAUACAAACAAAAGACGUCCGAAUAAAAUACGGAAUCGGAAUGACAUUAAAGGCCCCAACAGGAGAAGGUCAAGAAAGGGUGCAACUAGAAGGGCCGCCAACAAUACUGAAACAGUAUGGACAAAAUCAAGUAAUAAGGACAAUUUUAUUUCCAAGAAAAAACGGAAAAAUGUAUUUGGGCUUCGCAAAAGGAAAAUUAAGACAGUUCAUGAAAAGGAUGCUGAGAUUGAGACCAUAUCAAUAAAUAAUAGCGGUGCAGAUGUUCUGAAUGAAGGGAAUAAGUUUCGACUUGGUUUUAGUUACCAUGGAAACAGAGGAUUAUCCAAAAAGGGCAGCCGUUCGCCCUGGAGCACGUGGGACUCGUGCAGCACGGACUGUGGGUUGGGGCAGCAGGAACGGGUGCGCAGCUGCGGCGACAACUGUCAGGAGAUCGAAUCUAAGCCGUGUCUCACACAGCCAUGUGAGGGCGCGGAGAUGACUGACAAGUGGGCCUACUUCGAGAUGUUUGACCUCACAGAGACGGAGGUCACGUCAGAGUCUGGCGAUGCCUGCGAACGAUGGAUGAAAUGCAGCAACAAGUCCAUACAACACUAUCUGGCUAACAUCGCCAAGCUGCCAAGCUGCCCCUGUUUCUACCCCCUCAGCAUCGCCAUAGACGACAACAUCUUCGACAGCGACCAACAGAAGAACUUCGCGUGGAAGGACGCUAGCGGGCCUGUUGAAAGGAACGAGGUAUACAAACCCGGGGCAAAGUUCUGUAUUCGAUCAACACUUCCGGCUCAUUCCGUUACCCUGGCGGCACAACACUGUUGCUAUGACGGCCAACUGAGACUGAUAACACGUGGCAGAGAUGCGGGGACUCCAAAUCUCGUCAGUCCUCAGUUAUCGCGUGAACUACAUAAAAAAGUUGAUCUCCUUCCCUGGAUCUUGUGCAAAGGUGAUUGGACAAGGUAUAACAGGGUGGUGCAGCCCAACAACAACCGCCAGUGCAUGGCGAACCCUUGUCUGGGGGAGAUUCAGCGGCAAGUGGAACUGGCUAGAUCCUACUGAGUCGCCAUCUCUCAUUUGUGUCCUCAUCUUGUUGACAAAGACUGAACCCACCCCUGCGUCGGGCGUGGUCAGAGCACCAACCUCAGCGUCAAGAGCGGAUUGUAUUGUGGUGUUUGGGGAGGAAGUGACGUCAUGGGCGCAUAAGUGGGUGCCAGGUGGCACGGACGUUUGUGUAAUGGCUCCCUGGAUUUGACGUAGUGGUUCAAUAACUAGACAUUCAGUUGUGAUAACAUGGCUAGAUGUUCUUUGUCAUGACAAUUUGCUUACGUCAUGACACGUUAAUUGGCUAGAUGGAAUAUGUCAUGACAAGUUGCUUUAUGACUAGUCGGGUAGAUGUGUAUGCCUGUGUGUUUGUUGUUUUACGCCGCACUCAGCAAUAUCCCAGCUAUAUGACGGCGGUCUGUAAAUAUUCGAGUCUGGACCAGACAAUCCAGUAAUUGAUAUCAUAAGCAUCAGCAUCGGUUCGGCUAGAUGUAAAUUGUCAUGAAUAGCUGGCGAGAUUUAUGUCAUGACACUUUGGUUAAAUAAUAAUAUCAUUAUGUUAUUAUGUAUGUCAUGAUGACAUUGUGUUGGCUAGAAGGUUAUAUCAUGACAUUUUGGCUCGGUGUUAAAUGUCAUGACAAGAUAAUCCAUGCCACGACAAGGUGGCUAGAUGAUCCAUGCCAUGAGAAGUUGGCUAGAUAAGCCAUGCCAUGACAAUUUGGCUAGAGAAUCUAUGCCAUGACAACUUGGCUAGAUAAUUCAUGCCAUGACAACUUGGCUAGAUGAUCAUGUUGGAAACAAAACGACAGCAUGGGCUCAGUGAACCACGCCCCAUCAUGGCCUUGAACCCUGACACACGGAAUCCUUGACAUGACCAGGGUGGUCACACUGCAAACGCAGACGUUACAGCAGCUUUGUGAAGACGGGCCCUUGAUGCCGGUACCAUGACAGUGUGAAGGAAAGAGUCCGACUGAGAUAUCGCGAGUGUGGCCUGGGGUCAUAGAAUUCGACAGCGGCCAUUCGCGGAUCGGAAAUGAUGGUCAUAUUGCCGAGACCCUGAAGUUAAACAAAGCAAUUGUUCUCAAAAGGGACAGCUGCGUUUUGACGAUGAGAAUCUCUCCACGCUGUUUGUUCAUUUCCUCAUCCAGCAUCCUCAUUUCCCAUCCUCAUCUGUCUACAAUAGGUACAAUAUGUCGGUUGACUGACUGCCUCGUGUCAGGUCACGCUAGGGAUCCUUGAGGAGGUGUGUCUGGUUGUGACAAUGCAUUCUCAUCUCACGUUGUGGAUUUGUUCAACGUACAUCAGACACCGUACCUUGUUUACCUCAGAAGGGCUUUGUGUUAGCAUAAAAGAAUGAAAACUGUAUAGACGCUGUGAUUAAAUCGU